AUGGCGUCGCUGCAAAAGCUCAGACACGCGUCCCAGAUCGCCGAGUGGUACGACUACUACUUCGCGUCGCGAAAGGAUCCCCGAACCGAAGGAUGGGGAGGCAUAGAGGACGCCCGGAUCGUGUUUCCUCUCUUGAUCGGCUACGUCUACUUCGUCAAGAUCGCCGGGCCCCGCUGGAUGAAAGACCGCAAACCGUUCGACCUCAGGUGGGCCGUACUGACGUACAACGCGCUGACCGUGAUCGCCAACGCCUACUUCGCCGUGAAGCUCUUUGGACUGACCUACGCCAGCGGUCACUACAACCUAUUCUGCCAAGGUGUCAACUACCAGUCGCCAACCGAAACGGACAUGGCCAUUCUGAAGCUCGGCUGGUGGUACAGCUUCGUGAGGAUCGGUGACUUCAUGGACACGGUGUUCUUCGUGCUUCGCAAGAAGAACUCGCAGAUCACCUUCCUACACGUGGUACACCACUUCCUGGUCGUGUUCAGCGCGUGGUUUUACAUGAACUUCGGCGGUGACGGGCACACGGCGCUGGGCGGGUGCGUGAACGCCUUAAUCCACGUGAUCAUGUACUCGUACUACUUCCUCGCCGCCCUGGGGCCUUCGAUGCAGAAGUACCUGUGGUGGAAGCGCUACCUGACCAAGCUGCAGAUCGCCCAGUUCGUGGGCCUCAUGUUGCACAUGACGACCACGCUUUUCUACGACUGCGGAUACCCGAGGCGACUCGCGUUACUGGCGCUUUCGCAAGGCUUCUUGGGUCUGGGGCUGUUUAUCAACUUCUACGUGCAAAGCUACGUCAAGCCUAGAAAGUCGAGAGCGGAAAAAGAGAAGUCUGUGAAAAGCAGUUGA